AUGUCAGCGGUCAUACAGAGGCACAAGUUACCUUGGAGUACGCUCACCAACGUUACCACAGAUGGAUCACCAAAUCUGACAGGAAAAAACAUCGGGAUGCUCAAAAAAAUCCAGGACAGGGUGAAAGAGGACAACCCUGAGCAGGAGGUAAUUUUCCUACACUGCAUAAUUCACCAGGAAGCACUGUGUAAAUCCGUGUUGCAGCUUGACCACGUAGUGAAGCCAGUUGUGAAACUCGUUAACUUUAUUCGAGCGAGGGGACUUCAUCAUCAUCAGUUUAUUCAUUUUCUUGAAGAAACUGACGCUGAUCACAGGGACUUGCUUUACCAUUCUAAUGUCCGCUGGUUAAGUUUGGGAAAAGUAUGUCAACGUGUGUGGGAGCUCAAACAGGAGAUUAUUUCAUUUUUGGAGCUACUUGAGAACACUGACAAUUUUCCUGAGCUGAAUGACACAGAUUGGCUUUGUGAUUUAGCUUUUACUGUGGACAUACUGACACACAUGAACGAGCUGAAUGUGAAGCUACAAGGGAAAAACCAGUUUGUGCAUGAAAUGCAAGCAAAUGUCAGAGACUUCAAAACCAGGCUAGUUUUAUUUUCGAAGCAAAUGUCAGACAAGUCAUUUGCUCAUUUCCCCACACUGGCUACGUUAAAAGAUGUGAAAAAAUAUAGGAAAUCACUGGAUGACCUGCAUGAAGAAUUCUGCCGUCGGGUUUGUGAUUUUGGAAAAAUUUGA